AUGGACAUCGACGGCACCACUAGGUCAGGUAUGAUACUCGAGGCUGCUGGUGGGGCAGCAGAGCUUGCUGUUGCAGGAGGACUAGGCACUGAUGAGGCCACGGUGGAGGACGGUGGGCAGGUUGUGGCUGGGGCAUCGGGCGCUGCGGCGUCCGUCGGCUGUGCGACUUUUUGCAAGGCGAUCUUCAAGGACACUACCGCACCGCUCCUUCCGAGGCCGGACACCCCGCAGCUGCCGAGGGCAAGCAGGAGCCGCAAGAAGCUGAUAGUGGCCACCCGCACCAGUCUUAGGCAGGCUGCCCGACCUUCGCCGGUACCGGUCUCGCAGAGGGCGCAGCGGAAGCUCAUGAGGGAGCUCCAGUUCAUAGACACACCUGCAGCACCUCCUGAUUCGGCGGCCACGGAGUACAUUGAUCUGUAUGGGCAGGACCUACCAGACCAGGCUAUUGACACCAUCAGAGUUGCUGCUAGGCUGGGCAACAAGAAGCUGGCCAAAGUCCUUGCGGCACUGGCGGCUGAGGCAGGUGCUGCAGAGAUGGAGGUACCAUGA